CCCCAACCGCCGAGCAGUCCCCAGGGCGCCAUGAGGGGCCCGCGCUGCGCCCCGCUGCUGCUCCUGCUGCUGCUGCCGCCGCUGCUGCUCACGCCCCCAGCCGCGGACGCCGCCGUCAUCACUGGGGUCCAAGAACGGAAGCCUUUUGUUACAAAAAUGGAAUUUUAUCACAUUGGAUAUUUAUCUGUUAGAGAGGUUUCCCGUGGACGCGCCUGUGACAAGGACCCCCAGUGUGGUGGAGGCAUGUGCUGUGCUGUUAGUAUCUGGGUUAAGAGCAUAAGGAUUUGCACACCUAUGGGCAAAGUUGGAGACAACUGCCACCCGCUGACGCGUAAAAACCAUUUUGGAAAUGGAAGGCAGGAAAGAAGAAAGAGGAAGAGAAGAAAAAGGAAAAAGGAGGUUCCAUUUUUUGGGCGGAGAAUGCAUCACACAUGUCCAUGUAUGCCGGGCUUAGCCUGUUUACGGACUUCAUUUAAUCGAUUUACUUGUUUAGCCCGAAAGUAAUCACUUUCGAGUAGAAACUUUAAAUGUGAACAGCCACAUGAUGUCUAUAAAGUCUAUUUACUUGUGAUUGUGCCAAACAAGUAAUAUGCCAGAAAGAAAUGUUCUUGCUUCCUCAACUAUCCAAGUAACAUUUCCAUCUUUGAUGUUUAGAUGACUUUUCUUUUUUUUUUUCUUCCCAGUGAAAGGGGAAUUCAAUAGAUUUUUGGAUAAAAAUGUAAAGUGCAGGGCAUUACGGAACUGGUUCUCAUUUCCCUGUUUAUGUUCGGUUAAGUUUGGCCUUUUAAAUGCCAAUAACUCACCCAUUUUCACAGAAAUGGAGAGAAUAAGAAUUUGGUGUUUUUGUUACAGAAACUUUUUCUCUUAACUCCCCGCCAUGGCCCUGUCCACCACCACACACACACACACACACGCACGCACACACAUGCACACACAUGCACAUACACGCACACAUACACACAUGCACACACCCCCUCAGGGGUCUUUUCUCUCCUCAGAGAAUUUUAAGGCCCUAGCUUUAUUCUUUGCCAUUUCCUUCUGAGCCCUUUAGCAUUUUAGGGAGGGGAAUGGGGUUGUUACAUGUCCUUUAGCUUGCUGGUAUCACUGCGGAGAAUCAAGCUCUUUGGCCUGAUGCUGAAACAGCAAAGGGUGUGUGGCAGAAUGGCACCCUCCAGGCCUUGUCCCAGCUGGAGUGGAGGCGGGCAUGCCCUCCAGCUCUCCCGGAACCUGUCCACGAGUCGGGACCUCAGAUCCGCUGUGUGACUCUCGUGAGUUCCGAAGGCACGGGAAGUCAGUUUAGACUGUAUUUCUAGAUUUGGGUUAAAAAAUAACCAAAAUACUUCUCUCCAAUACAAUGUUCCACUUACUUUUUUUUCUUUUUAUGAAGUUUAUUUUUUUUUAAGUCUCAUAGUUAGACAUGUUCCAGAAAAUGUCACUUGAAGAGGAAGUAUUUAUUUUAAUCUGGCCUAGCACGAGUUACCAUUUUAAAAUCGGUGACGAGUUGUCAUCUAAACUUUACUUGUAACCAAAAGGUGUAUUGUAAUGGAUCACCUGACCGCCUGUCGUGUGUACCCUUAUCCAUAUUGCUGUGUAAAAAUUCUGUAUCAGAAUAAUGACAGUAUUGUAUAUCAUUUGAUUUAUUUUAAUAUUAUAUCCUUAUUUUUGUCACAGUUGUUGUCAGUUUUUAUUGCAAGCAGAUUGCCCUUAGCGCUCAUUCUAAAAUGGGUAGAGACCCCGACGCUGGGAAAACUAGCACUAACAGGAUUUGCGUGUUCACUUCACGGACGGGAAAGUUCUGUUUGCAUGCAUUUUAAGGUAGUACAAGAAGUAAGCAAUGUGUAAAUCAGGGAGGGUUUUGGAACAAGAAGGAAAAUGGUGACACGCAGAGCUGGUUGGAACCAGGAACGGACUCAUGGCAUGGCUGCACUGACCCGGCAAAUAGUGACACCCCGUUUAUCAUGAGUGUCAGGCAGGAUGCGGGGCGCUAGCCUCAGAAUGAUGCCAGCGCCGCCCGGCCUUGCAAACCCCCCCACGUAUUGUGAAUGGAAUCAACGUCGCAAAUAAACAACUUAUGAAACGUG